CCGGACCGCCCCGUCGUCCCCGGGGUAAAAUAUGCUUGUUUUUUAGAUCUAUGUAUACCUAUCGUAGCGUAAAGAGAAAAGAACGUGCUAUCAUACAACACAAUUUAAGAUCAACUACAUGCUUACCAGAGAAAAGAUUGGAGGGGUUCCGAAAGGGUCCUUGGUAUUAAUCAAGCUUAUCUAGAUUCAACUGGCUCCAACAAUGUCGCACCUACCCCGGGCCGGCCCGAAACCCAUAUUCUCGGUAUAAGUCGAAGUGUAUAUAAAAAGGGUUCGGAGUAACUAACUUGCCUCGGUACACACUUACACCUCAGCUUCGUACUUAUCGACCUACCUUCCACUUAUCACUUACCUAUUUACCUUCAUACUCACAUACUUACCUACCUCCCUUAUCCCAUCUUCCAAAAGUAGAAUCACCAUCAUGGCAGAUACCACCACCACUAAAUACACCAACCGCGAUAUCCCCCGCAUCUCCCUCCGGGACUUCGACGCCCGCAUCGACAACAUCACAGCAUCCCUAAUCUCCGCCGCCGAAAGCAACGGGUUCUUCACGCUCACCGACCACGGGAUCCCCGAGUCCGCCAUAGAAGCCCAAUUCGCCCUCUCCGAAUCCUUCUUCUCGCUCCCAGACGCCACCAAAUCCACCGUGCCCUUCUCCCCCCUCACGAACACCGGCUGGGAGCGCGCCGCCCAAGUCCGGCCGAGCACCGGCCUUCCCGACCAGAAGGAGAGCUUCCAGAUGCAGCACGGCAUGACAUCGACUUCCUGGCCGUCCGAAUCCGCGCUCCCCGGGUUCCGCGCCCAGAGCCUGGAGUUCAUGCGCAAGGCCCAGGAGGUAAGUGAGAAGUUGAUGGUGUGUUUUGCGCGGGGGCUCGGGUUCGCGGACGAGUACUUUGUGCGCGCGCACGAUGUGAGACGGUCGGGCGCACAGACGGUGUUGAGAUUGCUCAAGUACUUUGCGCUGGACCCCGCGGCGCCGACACCAGAAGGGUAUCACCGCGCGGGCGCGCAUGCGGAUUGGGAUUUUGUGACGUUGCUGUUCCAGCGGCCUGGGCAGGGGGGAUUGGAGAUAUGUCCGGGGCGCGAGGCGUUCACUGAGUUUGGCCUGGGGGACACGUGGACGCCGGUUAAGCCUGUGGCGGGCGAGAUCGUGUGUAAUAUCGGUGACCUCCUAAUGAGUUGGAGCGACGACCGCUUCAAAUCGACGUUCCACCGCGUCAAGACGCCGACAGACCCAAAAGUCGAUUACUACGGCACGCGGUACAGCAUGGCAUAUUUCAACCAGCCGAAUAUAGACUGUGAGAUCCAAGGCCCGCUGAAGAAGUACCCGAUAGUGACGGGAUCUGAGUUCACCAGGGCCGCUAUGAAGCGUAACUACGAAGCUCUACAGGCGACUAAGGCGGCAAUGGUAGAUAGUACUGCAUGAGGAGUUGGAUUUUCGCCCUAUUGUCCGUGAUUAAUAAAUAGCAACAGCAUUCAAAGGUUUUAUAUUAUAUAUUAUCGAAACAAAGAAAAUAUAUGUUUUAAUAAUAAUAACGAAAAUUACGGGUUGAUAAUCACAACUCCAGUUUUUAAACAAAUAUACAAGCACAUUACAACA